UUUCCUGUUCUUCUUCUUCUUUAUCAUUUUUGCUUGUGUUGUUCUGUGUGGUUGGUUGGCAUCAGUUUAAGAUUUUUUUAAUUUGCAAUUGCAGUUGUAAGGCUGCUUCAUUUGGUUUUGAUUUUGUUAACUAGGGUUUUUUGAGCUGUGAUAUCUGAAAUUUGUGAUGAUAUUUUAAUAAAUGUGUUUAUUACAUAUGAAAAUUUCCUUGAAGAUUGAUAAUGGGUUUAGUGGAUAAUAUUAGAAGAAAGAUUCAACAAAGAUCUAAACGAAAAAAAAGGCCAUAACUCAAGAUGGGUUGUUCUUUUGGCGAAAAAUUUCACUGAUGCAUAAGAGAUUUCAAGAGAGUGUUACCUCAUUCACAAACCUAAGUGACAUCUCAUCAGACCCUUUGUUAUUAGCUUGGAGAUUAGAUGGAUUCCCAAAUUGGAGAGUGAGACUUGGGAAUAGAUAAAUAUUAGAGAGAUUAGAGAUUGAGAUUUUGGAACAGGGAAGGGAGAGAGAGAGUUUCCUUUCUAUCUUGUCUGUUGUAGCCAUGAUGUUACUGUUUUUGUUUGCUUUAAAUCCCUCCCUCCCUCCAGCCCUUUACCUACUUUGUAUUAUUAAUAAUACAAGUAACACUAGGGCCAGCCAAUGAAAUGCUUUUUGUCAGAAUACUCAAUAAAGGGUAAUCAAACCAAAAACACUGAUUGAAAAUUUCAUUUUUGUUUUGGAGCAAAUUCAUAAUAUUCUAAUAAAACAUUGAACAUGGGAACACCAUUGAAAUUUUUUGGUAGUACUUUACAAUUGCUCAAAAGAAAUUUAGCACCACUGAAAGAUCACUUAGAGAAACCAAUGUAAGAACAAAGUCAGAGAUCCCCAGAUUAUCACAGGACCUAAUAGGUGUUCGAAUUAUCAUAAAGAGAAAUAGUUAGAAGCUAUCAGAAAGUUGCUAGAAAUAUCAUAACAAUAAACUAUUAGAAUAAGGUAGCAUACACUUUUUUUAAUAAAAAAGAUGAACACAACAAUUUGAAAAUUUGGUGCACUGAAGUUCUUCUUAAUUAUUUGGUUUUUCACUUAGAGGAAGCUCAACAAAAUUACCUGUUCAAUUGGAUAGACUAUGAAUUUGAAAUCAUUCUUAAUUUUUUACUUUAUUUUUUGUGUGUGCUUAGAGUAGUAUAAAUACGGUGAGGUUCAGUUAUGUUCUUUUAACAUUGCAGGAGAACGAUAUUCCUUGUAGCUCCACCUCCGCUUCCAACAAUCCAAUAUAAAAAAUAAAUAGAGUAUGAUGUUACAGAAGAAGCUACGGUCAACUAGAAGUUUUCAAGCUGAAGGAGCUUUUAGUGAGGGUAUGACAGACAGAUUCAGUAAUCUUCCAGAUGAAGUUGCUCAUCUUAUUCUUUCCUUCCUCACGUUCAAAGACCUCACUCGAGUGGGUACUGUGUCCAAAAGAUGCAGAAGAUUUUAUGUAUCAGCGCCAUCAGUGAAUUUUGAUGCGAGUCAGGCAAGAACCAACCAGAAGCAAGUAGAGUUGAUGAGUUCUUUGGAUCGGUACUUGUUUCAUCGUGGUGAUAAUAAGUUGCAGCGUUUUUCCGUUUUCUGGAAUUUCUUUAAAAGCAAAAGUGUAAGUAAGCUUUCUGAUGAGCAUUUUCGGAUAAUCACGUGGAUUCAUAAUGCAGUAAGGUGUAAUGUUGAAGUGCUUAACCUUUAUUUCUUAGCACUCCAUACCACCAUGUUUGCGUUGCCUUCUUGCGUUUUUCUUUCUCAAUCCUUGAAGUCUCUAUCAGUUUGCUGUUCCGGGGUGAUUCUUCAAACACCCUCCUUAUCUUUUUCAUGCAAUCUCCUUUCCUUGAGGUUGACUUGUGUUAAUAUAGUGGAUGAGAGUUUCUUUAAAUGGAUCUCAUGCACCUGCAAAUGCCUUAAAGAAAUACAACUUUUUCGCGUUACAGGGAUAGAACGUAUCACCAUUGAAAGCUUGUCUUUGGAAUCAUUUGUGUUUGUUUCAGUUUGUGGUAUUAAACUCCUCCAUCUUAGCAUCUCUGGUGAGAAACUUGAAGAAAUAGAAUUAGAUUGGGAAUUUGAUGCUCGUCCUGACAGCCGCUCAUUAAAUAUUUUUGCACCAAAUCUUAGAAAGUUGAAAUGGGAAGGGAAACUGUUGAAUGGCCAAAACCUCGGGAAGUUAAUGAGUUUAGAAAAAGCUCAGAUUUUUCUGGAGCCUGAAGUAAAUGACUUUGACAAUUUACAUGCAGUUCGUAGCAGUUUGUGCAAGGAUAAAGUUCUUAUUCUAAACGAGAAGACCAUUAAGGCUCUGCACAAGGAAGGUUCCAUGCCAGCAUCGUUAGAUAUUUUUCAUUUCGGUAUGCAUUUGAGUUGCUUGACUGAUGCCCUAGUUCCAGCAGUGGCCUGUCUUCUUAAAGGAAUGCCUAAUUUGAAUACCUUGAAUAUAAAGUCUAAACCACCCAGAGGGCAGCCUUGCAUGUCAUCUGGGUUUGAUAUGGGAUACUGGAAAUUGCAAAACUUUGCUUUCAUUUAUCAUCUUGAGGAGGUAACUAUUGAGCUCUCCAAUGGGUCUAAUGAAAUUGAGUUUGCGCGGUACAUUCUCGAGCAUGCUGUGAAUUUGAAGAAAAUUGUCAUUCUUUUUCAAUCAAGAUCCCAACAAUCUAAUGACGUACUAGGGAAGGUAAGCAAAUGCAAGAUGAUCUCGACGCCCAUUAUUGUGAUUCGGGGAACUGUUCAAUGAUGAAAAAGCAAGCAUGCUUGUACUUUUUGGGAAACUAUACUUUCGAAAUGGGAAUUCUUGAUCUUGCUGAUGAACAGAACCUCACACAACUUUUGGAAGAAGUGACUGAAGCCGUCAAGGCUGAUAUGGAAGAGAUCAAAAACCUCCUUCUUGAUCUUCCGGACCUCAAUAAAGAAACCAAGUCUUCACAGUGCUAAAGUUCUUAUACGGUUGAUAGAUAGAAUUAACAAUGACAUGGUUACUAUUCUGAGGAAAGCAAAAAAUUCGAAGCAAGGUGGGAAUUGCUAGAUCACUCUAACAUGGCUAAUUGAAAUGUAUUCUUGCUCUACAAGGAAGGAGUCCCUGUUGAUCGAAUGAGGAUUUCGGUGUCUAAUGGUUCGAGAAUUAAGCCAGGAGGGAUAAUUAUUAAUUUGCGGUUGAUAGAAGAGAUUGUAAUAGAGUACAAAAAAGGUCCCAAGAGUAGGUAUUUCAGUGCAACAUGGGAGGAAGCAAGGAAAUGAUUGAUAAGCGGGCAGGUCAAAGUUUUUUGAACUGAAGCCAGAGCUGGUAAUGGAGAAUCAGGAAAGGCAUAAGGCCUUAAAGGACUUACAGACGGAUGUGUUCCUAAGCAUUGCUGUGUUGGUUGAAAAGCAAAGCGAAAGGAUGGAUGAUAUUGAACUGAAUGUGGCUGGUGCUGGGGCUUACACUAAUGGAGGAACUAAUGCACUUUUUUGAUGCUAAGCAGAUGAAAAAGAGAAGAGGAAGAUGGGUUUGCUGGUGGGGCUUUGGGCUUUGGCGUUGUUUCUGUUGCUGUUAUGCUGAUUUCUACCUUAGCUUCUUGAAAUUUUGUAGUGUGGCUGUGAUUGUUGUUCUGUAGUGGAGUUUUGGUCUGUAGUAAUAUACUGGAGUGAGUUUAUUAUACUGGCUGAUUGAUGGAAUCAUUGCAUUCGUUACUUCUGUAAUCUAGGAUGCAGUGUUUGGUUAUUUCUUUUUGUAUCCAUAAAAGCUGAUAUCUCUCACGAUUUUCUGA